AUGCUUUUCAAAGAGAUCUACCGGCUGAUGAAUGAGGGACUGCUCGGCAGGGACCUCCGCGGUACACUCAGACUAGAAGAUUUGCGGAAGCCGACCCAGUCGACGGCGGUGUCAGUGUACAUGUCAGCGAUACAGAACCUGUCGAUAUCGUUCGAGAACGCGACAGUAGCUCCUUACACGGGAAACGACCCAGUCAUGAUGGAAGCGCUCUUCAGCGACGGCCACUACUACUUCAGCUACAUCGUCUCGAGAAUGAACAUGAUCUUCGAGAAGUGCCGCAUCCAGUUGAAAGGCGACCCGAAGUGCUUCCAUCUCGGCGACAUCAUCCACCCACAAAAGGACAGAUUCAACGAAAUUCUCUCACACUUGGUCAAACUCACACAAUUUUUCAAACUCGCCGACGAGAAAAUCGCCGAGGUUGCCAACGAUUUCGAAGAGCACAAACAGCAGAAUGAAAAAGACAAGAGAAAAGUCGGAGAAAUAGAGAAGCAAAUAGCGGAAAUCGAGAAGGAGCGUUCAAACCGAGAAGCAGAAAUGAAGUCGCUGAAAAACGAGAUCGAUGAGAAACAAGUGGAAGAGCAGCGGAUCAGAGACGAGUACUUCGAGAAAAACGAGGAAAACAAGCGAAAUCAGGACGAGGCGUCGUUGCUGCGCUCGAACGUGGCGAAUCAGAAUCAGGAAAUCCAAAUCUUCACCAGAGAAAAGAAGACUCUCCAAGAGCUCGAAGUCGACGAUCCCGAGAUGUGGGAUCGCCUCUUUGUCGAGAAAGCAGCUUUGAUUGAACGACUCAAGAGCGAGAAUGCGCAACUCUCUGCUGAAAUUCCUCGAACUCAUAAGACGCACACGGAAGAGCUCGGAAUCGUAGACCAGCUCAAGAUUAUGUCCGAGGCGCUGACUGCCUACGUCGAGAAAGUAAAGACAAAAGACGAGUGCGAAGCUACUUUCAAAACAGCCAAACGACGUCGUCAAGAACUCAACCAAAAACAGAGCAAUCUCCGCUCGGACUUGAAUGCGCAAAACGCGAAGUGCGAGAAAAUGCACCGAAAGAUCGUCCAAAAUCUCGACUCUGCGAAAAACGCGCAGAAGAUUCUUCAGUCAAAACUCGAGAAGGUUAACGACGAGCAUCACGAAUAUCUUUCGAUGAAGGAGAAUCUUGAGAACGAGCUGGCCCAGUACUCGCUCGAAUACGAGGAGCGAAAAGAGUUCAACCAAAAGUCCAAAGCGGCGCACGACGAGUUCAUGAACGAACUCAAGUUCUACGCCGACGAGUUGAGCGUCGUCUUCCAACAAGUCCACAAGAGCCGCCUCAACGUCAUGAAGAAAACCUUCAUUUCCUAA